CUGGUUACUCAACAAUCGGAUUGCAUGUGGAGGACUACCGUCUCGGACGUGGAUUGCAUAUUUUGAAGUGGACAAGCUGAUUUAAAAGAGCGUUUUAGGACAUUUACUUCUUCAAAAUGGAUAAAACUUUAAAGAGAAAGCAUGGCAGUGAACGCACAAAGUCUGGGCACGAGGAGGGAGCUGCGAACAGCAAAGCCAAAAAAGCGAAGCUUUCCACACGCCCAGAGAAAGAGAAAAUUAAAGAAGAAGCGGGGAAAACCACAAAGAAACGAGCUCAUUCGUCAACGGAGGAAAGCAAAUCGAAGACCACAUCUGAAGUGAAGAAAAAUGAUAAAGGGCAGUUGGUGUUUAAGGACUGUCCAGACUUCAGGCCCAACAUGACUCCAAAGGAGGUGCUGCAAGCAGGCAGUUUCGGUGGCACAUACUUCCGGCCAAUCUACUCCAGCGUAACAAAACAGAACUAUAAAGAUGUUUGGAAUGAGCUUCCAGAGGACUGGCUUGAAGGAUUAAACAUCAAGACACAGGUGGCCUCGCCAACCUACAGGGAGGCUGUGAACACGUACAAGGUGAAGUGUGGAGGUAGCCUGGAGAUGUGGGAGACCAGUGGGUGGAUUGUGACCCAGGACCCAUACGGCUGGUUCCAGUGGUACUGCAGGUUCUACCAGGGUCGUCGCACAAAGGACGACGAGCGGCAGAUCAGCCGAUGGGCGAAGUGUGCAGGGGUGAGGGGCCGCUGGAGGAACAACCUCAUCACCAAGGUAGUGAGGUCGGGGUGCGGGUACGACAACCCCACCGUGUCCCCCGUGGUGAGGCAGACGCUGCAGCAUUGGGGCUACAGACUCACCCCAGAGGACUACAAAGAGGGGGCGAAGAGAGUCAAGCCGAAGUAAUGAUUGAGGAAAACAAGAAAUUCCUGGAAUAUUGGCCUGGUCCAAACGGUGGCUUUUAUCAUUUGAUGUGGGCAAAGUGGGGUUUUCAGGGAAUGGGAGAGGUCCAAACGUGAGAGGGUGGAGAGUUCAUGCAUUAAGCUGUUGUUAUUAUGUAUUGUAAUGUUAAGUAAUGUUUUUUUUAAACUAUGGAGCGGGCUAUUGCUCACUCAGCUGCCUUGUAUGUUGCCUUGGGAGUUGGGACACAAUGCUGCCACUCCCGUCAGACUUGAGAAUAUUUUGUAUUUAUUUCAGAAUGUCUUGGUGAGCUGAUUUUGCACCUUCCCUUGAUUUGAUUCAAUUCAGUUUGGUUGGCUAAAGGGGAGGUGCAGGUGCCUAUUUCCAAAAAUGGUUUGGUUAUAUCAUGAAAGCAUUUUCAAGGUUUUAUACAGUCUCUUAUGCCUUCUAUCCUCCUGCGGUAAGCGGAUGGAGACUCCCAACUGAGAUCGCUCCCGGACGUGCGGUCCCAGGUGUUUCCAUCACUCCCGGACGUGCGGUCCCACCCGAUUAUAUUUCACGUAUUAUCAUAUACUGCCACAUACAAGCAAUUUAGGGUUAGGGUUAGGUUUAGGGUUAGGUUUAGGGUUAGGUUUAGGGUUAAGGUUAGGGUUAGAAACAAAAAACUAACAUCAACAAGAUAACUGGCUCCGUCAUAUGGCGGUGGUACCGAUAGUCUGGCUAGUGGGAGCGAGAUGAAAUGGGAGCGUCCUGAGUUGGGAGCGUCAAUCUGGGAAUCCCUCCUGCAGUGCAGUACCCUUCUGGGAACCUCUGUGCUACAGGGGCACAUGUAUCAGGAUUACUGUACACACAUUUUAUGGUUUCUAUUUUCUCCUCCUUAAGUUUAUCUGUUUAUAAUAAAAUACAAUUUGCGACUACAAAAAUGUUGUUCUUGGGAGAACAGAACUGUGCACUGUUACACCACAGGUGAUUUUACUCUCUGUUUCAGUGUGUCCAAUAACAAUGUAUUAUUGACUACUAUUAUGUAGUCAUAAUAAGAUUAUUUGAUUACUAAAUAUAGGCCUACUACUAUAUGAGAAUGAAAAGAAUCAAAUCAUUCCAAGCAGCAUACAAAAUGUCAAUUAUUAUAACCAAUUAAAUGUUAAUUAGCCUAAUGUUAAAGAACACACAAUUGUGGCCUGGUUGUCCAAUUCAUAACAACCAUAUUUUAAUUAAGGCUAUGAUCUAGAACUGGGAUAUUUGGUAUGGUAAAACACACAUCGAAGAAUAAGUGUGGGGUUAACAUUUCAACUUAAUUACACUUACUUGACUUAACCAAGUUGUUUUGGAUAAAAAUCAUCAGCUAUUAUUUUUCAUGUUGGUCCCUGGAAUAAUGUGGGAUUAGGUGCCUUGCUUAAAGGGACACUGUGUGAGAUUUUUAGUUGUUUAUUUCCAGAAUUCAUGCUGCCCAUUCACUAAUGUUACCUUUUUCAUGAAUACUUACCACCAGCAUCAAAUUCUAAAUAUUCAUUAGUUAUGACUGGAAAAAUUUCACUUUUCAUACAUGAAAAGGGAGAUCUUCUCCAUGAUCCGCCAUUUUGAAUUUCCAAAAAUA